AUGAGUCCCAAAAAGGCCGAGCCUGACGCAGUGGCAUGGCCGCUUUUCGGGCGGCUCCCCGCGGAAAUACAAAUCAUGAUCUUUCACGAGGCGCUCCGGAAGCCUCAGGUUCACUUCGUUAACGCGUCACGUCGUGAGGUUGACCCGGCCACAUGGAAGCUGGUCCUGAAAUCCAGGAACAAGAAAGGCGACACUUCUGGCUACCGCCUUAUAGAAAAUAUCCAGGAUGUUGCGCGCGAUUCUCCUGUCGCGGCUGAAGCGAUCCUCAAAAGCGCCCUUCAGCCACUUCUUCUGCCUAUUCCAGUCCGCCCGAACGACUGGUGCAAGAUUGACGCCGCCACGGAUCUCGUGGUCUUCGAAUUCGGUGUCGACAAAUCGGGCAAACUGUGGCUUUGGCACCCACGAAACCAACUCGUCGAUUUGAACCCUCUCGCCAGUCACAUCCACUCCAGGCGGGUCCGUGAAGACCUGAAAGGGAUCCGAAAGGUCGCUUUCGUUUACGGUGGGAACAAACAACCUCAGGCUGGGUCGAGCGAGAGUGUAUUUCAGUGCUUGCAACAUCACAAUCGCGGACAUGCGAGGCAAAAAUUCUGCCCGGAGGAGCUGCUGGGAUUUAUUUACCAGCUAUCUGACAUCGAAACGGUCUAUUUCAUUCUCCACGACAGAGUAAAUGCAAAAGCCGUGACAAACUAUGCGGCCAGCUACUUUUCUGUUACAGUCCCUGCCGCUACACGAAACACAUUUGGCCUCAAGACUUUCUACUCCACAACAAGGAGCUACAUUACUGUUCCCCUUCCUGAGUAUCAGAUAGGACCGGUACUCCACGCGACCUGGAAGACAAAGGAUCGCAUCUGGCCACAUGGCCCAUCACCGCCACUUGUCAACGCAGCCCGUGAAGCGGCUAUAGCCCGUCCCCCGGAUUCCAGAGAGAGACUUUAUGCGGAGCAUGUGCGCAAACUAUCAGAUCUAGCUGACGCACUGCACCAUUGUAAAGAGGUCUGGCGCUUGGUUUUGGAGAUGAUUCAGCAAAUACGAGCAGACCAAGACACCCCUCUGUCGCCGGACUGGCCCUUGCCAAUCCCACCUGAAGUCAACACCGCCCAGUUCAGGACUCUCAAACAGCAUCACAGGCAGCGCUACAACCUUGAGAACUUCACCAAGGAAAGGAGAGAUAAUUUGGAGUUCGGCAUGUUGCUCAUGGUGGAUGAGACGGCUGUCUACAAGAGCGGGAAGAACCAGUCAGACCUGUCUCCAUAG